UCCAAGCAAAUCAAAGUUAGAUUAGGUUAGGUUUAGGUUAGGUUAAUUUUUCUUACGAUAACGUUGACGAGUAUUUGCAAACAACGAUUUCCUCAUUUCCAGUGUUUUACCGACCCGAAACAGGUUUACCGUUUUUAGCGAGCAACGAUGGAUUUUCAGAAUCGUCCUGGUGGUAAAACCGGCGGCGGCGGCGUUGCCUCCUGGUCGGAGAGCAAUCGCGAUCGCCGGGAGCGGCUUCGUCAGCUCGCCCUCGAGACUAUCGAUCUAAACAAGGAUCCGUAUUUCAUGAAAAAUCAUCUGGGCUCGUACGAGUGCAAACUGUGUCUCACUUUACAUAACAACGAGGGCAGUUAUCUAGCGCAUACGCAGGGCAAGAAACACCAGGCUAAUCUGGCUAGGAGGGCCGCGAAGGAAGCCAAGGAAGCGCCACAGACUCUCGCGCCGGAAAAGCCCCGGGUUGAGCCGAAGAAGUUUGUCAAGAUCGGUCGACCGGGUUACCGUGUCACCAAACAACGCGAUCCAGAGUCCGGUCAGCAGAGUCUGCUGUUUCAAGUGGAUUAUCCGGAGGUGGCGGAUAACGUGAUACCCCGACACAGAUUUAUGUCCGCCUACGAGCAAAGGGUCGAGCCGCCGGAUCGCAAGUGGCAAUAUCUUCUGUUCGCGGCUGAGCCAUACGAGACUAUCGCUUUUAAAGUACCCAGCAGGGAAGUGGAAAAGGCAGAGGGAAAAUUCUGGACUCAUUGGAACAAGGAUACCAAACAGUUUUUCUUGCAAUUUGCAUUCAAGAAUGAGAAGCCAUCUGUGGGAAAAGUACCACCACCACCAGUUCCUUUAAUAAGGCCAGGAUUGGGUCCAAUGGUACCUGUACCACCACCUCCACCCAGGCCACCCAUGUUCAAUCCAGUACCACCACCGCCAGCUCUCUUAGCAACUGGAAUGCAAAUACCUCCUCCACCACCUCACAUAGCAUAAGAAAUCUGAGGACGAGACAAAUCUUUUAUUAUAAAAUUUUUUUAAGAAGUGUCAGUGCUAUUUUCAUUAUCAACAUGCGGAAUCAAUUUUAUUAUGAAUUACAAAAGUCAAGAAUGAAUAGUUUUAGUCUAUAAUAAUAUGGAAUUCAUUUAUAAAUAUAGGACAACUUGUAAAAAAGAUAUAAAAACGAGAAAUGUGCUUAAAAAAA